AUGGCUUUUCCGUCCAACUGGACGCUGUCGGGCGGACAGCGUGACGUGCCUCUAGAAGUCGAGCUUUCCAGCCCUCCAGCGCCAUGGCCCCGUGAGUGGACUCUCUCGACCAUCCCGGAGUCCGUUUCAGAUGCUACAGAGACCGAAAGCCAGGCAACGUCCCAGGAUACUAUCAGGGGAGCCUUCCCCAUCGCUCUCUCUCAACGAGAUGACGUAGAUCGUCAGGUAGCGCCAUUCAACACCUUUGAGCAACGCUGGACUUUACCACCAAGGGCUGCGAGCGAACGUGCGGCUUCGGAGGUCGUCGGGACGGGCACUCAAGCCUUCGACAAGGCUUGGUCUUACGGGGCAUCUCCUCAGACAACGACUGAGGACCGUCGGCCGCCGCCGGGCACGGUGCCGGAGCACGUCUUGCCUCAAGCGUCUGUUUCACCAGCCAAUACCCGCUCGGCUGAAUCUGCAGGCUACUCUGUAGGAUCAGUGCCAAGUGGCGUCUAUCAAAAUGGAUACAUCGCAAACAUAAGCCCACAGUCGAACCUAUCAUCACACAUCUCAGCGCAGACCAGCGCAGGCUCUUCCAGCUUGCCAGCUAACGGUCUCGUCAGAAGGCUCGCAGGACAGCAUCAUUUCGCAUCGCCAGCCUCGGCAGCCUCCGGUGGAAGCGCCAUGACCUCCGCCUCCGACGGUAGACCUCUGGCUCCCGGCUACGUGCAAUUCGCAGCGUAUUCAACGACGACAACUCCAAACAUAGACGAAGGCAGUGCGUCGAGUAUAUCGCCACAAUCCCAUCUCAGCCACUCUUAUCAACCACCUCGACCUGCCGGCUUCACCUCAUCGGUGGAUCCCUCCCCCCACAGCGCUGCAGUAAGCGAAACAUACUCGCAGCCGGGACAGCUUCCGCGGCCUGCCGGCUUUGGCCCAGACAAUACUAGUCCACCGACGUCCUCCACCAACUCCAUGAACCCAUCUCCGGAACAGGCUUCCCGUAAUGGCGUUCCUAACACAACCCGCAUUGCAUCGCGACGGAACCAUCCUGGUGGUGGCUUCCCUGCUAUAGAUGUCUCGGCAUAUCCGGCUACCCUCCCGGCAAACGUGGAUUCGUGGCUCAGGGCAAAUGCUCACGAGCUGUACCGACCGCCUGCGCCAUUGACGGUUACGGCACCUUGGCACUCGAUGUUUCAUGAGGAGCAGGCCAGCCAGCAGCAAUGA